UCUGUCAUCGAGAAAUGUCUUUGCCCUUUUUCCACACGAUGGCUGAUGAGGGGUUGUUAUCGUGGAGCAGGCCACACACCCUGCUAUUUAUAGACAUACUUAAACAACAACCAUGCCUGUGGAAAACCAAGAGCAAAGAGUACAAGAACAGAAUCUUGCGAAACGCUGCCCUGAAAAGCGUGUCCCUCGAAAUGACCAAUAAAAUAAAUUGCACCGUGACCCCCGAUAUCAUAAUGAGAAAGAUCCACACGCUGAGGACGCAGUUCCGGCGGGAGGUCAAGGCGGUGGAGGACUCGGUGAAGUCCGGGGCGGGGUCACAGGACAUCUACACGCCCAGGUUAUGGUGCUUUGACGAGCUCUGCUUCUUCAACGACGGUGACAACCCCCGGGAUUCAGCCUCCUCCGUGGAUAAUGGGGACACUU